UACAUCCUUUCGUAAAUAAAUACAAUACCAUCCAGCGGAACACAUACAGCAUCUAUGCAGGGUGUCGUAUGAUUAUUGCUGUAUUUAAAUAAUAUUGAAACAAUAUCGACAUGAGAAUGGCAGUCGAAUUCCACGUCUCCUGACAAUCUCCGACAUGUAAUGUUUUCAUUCAAUCAGAUUACUCAACCUCGAGAUAACGCAUUCCUAACCUCCAACAUGGUGUGAAUCUAGUUAAUCGUUCAUCGAGUUUUAUAUGAUUUGACAGGAAAUUCUGUUCCCACGUUCGACUAACAAAUAAAAAGGACAUCGUAAAACGAAACUGAUUCACUUGGUAUAUCUCGCACAUUGCUUGUGCAAUUUGAAAUUUCAUGUUUGACAGCUAUGGAAGAUCAGAUUCACUCGGAGUUAAUUCUAAAGGAGGAACGGGAGGAGGACGAGGUCAAGGAAGGCCGCUGCUCUCCACUCGAGACGAAAUGGCACUGGGCACCAGGAGCGUGGCAAGACUCGACCAGGACCAGCGCCUUCCAACCAUACAAGCCACCCACUCUGCUCACAAAUUUGCAAAGAGGCAAUACUCAAACGCAAAUACAUCAGCUCUAUGUGGGCAACGAUAUCACGUUUCAUACCUUAGCAGGUCAGGGGGAACUUACAUCUGAUCAUAUACAUUCAAACUCAGUGGAUAUGACUGAUGAACAGGGCUUAACCGGAUUGAUGUGGGCCAGUGCGUACGGACAAAUAGGUAGUGCUAAACAAUUGCUCAAAAGAGGCGCCAAUAUAAAUCGUUGUGGACCAAACUCACAAACCAGUCUACACUUGGCAGCCGCCUAUGGUCAUCACGAUGUUGUCAAAUUAUUGUUAAAUCAUGGAGCUGACCCUAACGCAUGUGAUGAGGAUGGUAAUACUCCAUUAAUAUAUGGAGCACACUGCGAUCAUCCACAUGUAUGCUAUGAAUUAUUAAUAAAAGGUGCAGAAAUAACACUUACAAAUGCCUCAAAUGUAAGUGCUUAUAAAGCAGCGAUUAUGAAUAAUUCAAUGAAUGCUAAAGCGGUUAUUGAGAAUCAUUUGAUACCACAAAUUAUAAGUAUGCCAACAGAUGAGUUAUAA